AACUCAACAUGCUGAGCUUCUCGACGCGUGCUGUUUCCAAGGCGCUCCCGGUGGCGCUCGCGCGUGCGGCGUCCAACGCCGUCCCUCUCUCCAACGUCGACGGCGGCAAGACGCUCGACUACGGAGCGCUUAACGACAAGCUGACUGUGGUGCGUGAGCGGCUGAACCGGCCGCUGACGCAGUCUGAGAAGCUGCUGUACUCGCACAUGGUGCACCCCGAGUCUGGCGAGAUUGUGCGUGGCAAGUCGUUCCUGGACCUCAACCCGGACCGUGUCAUCCUGCAGGACGCGACGGCGCAGAUGGCCACGCUGCAGUUUAUUUCUGCCGGCCUCCCCACGGUUGCUGUCCCGACCUCGAUCCACUGUGACCACCUCAUCCAGGCGCGCGACGGCGCCGAGUCGGACCUCUCGCGCGGGAUGGAGGAGAACAAGGAGGUGUUCGACUUUCUCAGCUCGGCUGCCAAGAAGUUUGGCAUGCACUUUUACAAGCCCGGCGCCGGCAUCAUCCAUCAGGUCGCGCUGGAGAACCUGAUUAUUCCGGGUAUGCUCGUGAUCGGGACCGACUCGCACACUGUCAACGGCGGUGGCAUUGGCUCGUUCUCUGUUGGUGUGGGCGGUGCCGAUGCGCUCGACGCGAUGGUCGGCCUCCCGUGGGUCCUCAAGACGCCCAAGGUCAUCGGCGUGCACCUGACCGGCGAGCUCAACGGAUGGUCGUCGGCCAAGGACGUCAUCCUCAAGGUUGCCGACAUCCUCACGGUCUCGGGCGGCACCGGCGCGGUUGUGGAGUACUUUGGCGAGGGCGUCAACUCGAUUUCGGCAACGGGCAUGGGCACCAUCACCAACAUGGGUGCGGAGAUUGGCGCGACGACGUCGGUCUUCCCGGUCACGGACUCGACGCUGCGGUACCUGCACGCGACGAACCGCGGCUCUGUGGCGGACGUUGUCUCGCGGUUCAACGACGAGGUCGGGUUCUUCAAGGCCGACGAGGGCGCGCCGUACGACCAGGUCAUCGAGAUCAACCUUUCCGAGCUCGAGCCCAUGCUCAACGGCCCGUUCACGCCGGACCUCGCUACGCCGGUCUCGCAGAUCGCCGAGCGCGCCGAGGCCAACGGGUGGCCGGUCGAGGUCUCGGCCUCGCUCAUCGGCUCGUGCACCAACUCGAGCUUUGAGGACAUGUCGCGGGCGGCGUCGCUCGCGCAGCAGGCGCUCGACGCCGGCGUCAAGUCCAAGGUGCCGUUCCUCAUCACGCCCGGCUCGGAGCAGGUCCGCGCCACCAUCGAGGCCGAGGGCCUUGUGGAGAUCUUUGAGGCUGCUGGCGGCAAGGUCCUCGCCAACGCGUGCGGGCCGUGCAUCGGCCAGUGGGACCGCGACGUGGAGGGCCCCAACUCGAUCGUGACCUCGUACAACCGUAACUUUACUGGGCGCAACGACGGCAACCCCGAGACGCACGCCUUUGUCACCUCGCCGGAGGUCUGUGUGGCCAUGGCCUUCUCGGGCAAGUUCUUUGACCCGAUCAACGGCACGGUCGACGGCUCGUUCAAGUUUGAGGCGCCGCAGGGCCCCGAGCUCCCGCCGGGCGGCUUUGUCACGGGGCGCAACAUGUACCAGGCGCCUGCCGAGAACCCCGACGACGUCGAGGUCAUUGUUGCUCCGGACUCGGAGCGCCUUCAGCUCCUCGAGCCGUUCCAGCCGUGGUCGGGUGCCGACUUUGAGGACAUGCCCAUCCUCGUCCUUGCCAAGGGCAAGGUCACCACCGACCACAUCUCGGCCGCCGGCCCGUGGCUCCGCUACCGCGGCCACCUCGAGAACAUCGCCAACAACACAUACAUUGGCGUGACCAACAAGGACGGCAAGGUCAACGAGGCCACCAACCAGCUGACCGGCGAGACCGGCGCCAUCCCCGAGGUCGCCAAGGCCUACCGCGACAACGGCGUCGACUGGAUCUUUGUCGGCGGCGACAACGUCGGCGAGGGCUCGUCGCGCGAGCAUGCCGCCCUGCAGCCGCGGUUCCUCGGCGGCAAGGUCGCGCUCGCCAAGUCGUUUGCCCGCAUCCACGAGACCAACCUCAAGAAGAUGGGCAUGCUCCCGCUCACCUUUGCCGACGCGGCCGACUACGACAAGCUCGCUGCUGACGACCGCAUCUCGGUCGUCGGCCUCAACGCCCUCGCUCCCGAGGACCAGGUGACCAUCAAGGUCACUCGCGCCAACGGUGAGUCGUUUGAGAUCAAGGCCGACCACACGCUCAACGCCGACCAGAUCGAGUGGUUCAAGGCCGGCUCCGCCCUCAACUUUAUCAAGAAGACUUUGUAGUGGAGAAAGCCCAAGCCAAACAAACGCCAUUUUGCACCCG